ACACACACACACACACACACACACACACACACAUACAUGCAUGCAAGAAUUAAUGAGAUGUUCUCCUUUGUUUUUUUCUGAGUGAAGCACUUGCUACAUUAGCAUCAUGAAUGUCUAGUUACCAGUGGGACACCGCUCUUGUCUAAUUAUUGCAUUUGAGUUUAUAGAAUAUUCUGCUGUCCUCACAUUUUUUAAUGCACUUAAUUCUUAAACAAACUCACAAUAGAGCUCGGGACGUCAAGUGACUCUCAGAGAGUAGACGCCAUGUUGGCAGGCAACAAAGGUAAACAAAAUGAACGGGAUCGGCUUGGAUUUUACUUCGUCGGAGUUUACUUCACACUUUAAAACCGAAGAAAUCAUUUUAUAUAGUCAGAAAUUAAAUAGACUAAACAUCUCCGACCCUUACCGUGCCCCUGGGAUACUUUAUAAAAACGCCAGAAGCUGUCGGCGCGGACUUCUUACGGACCUGGCCGGGGAAACCCUUGGGAUUCCCCCGGAGGAGCUGGCCCAAGUGGCUGGGGAGAGGGAAGUCUGGGCCUCUCGACUUAGGCUACUGCCCCCGCAACCCGACUCCAGAUAAGCGGAUGAAAAUGGAUGGAUGGACAAAUAACAGAUUUACACGUAAGUAGUUUAAACAGAGUGCUGUGCUGUUUGAAUGUAUAAACUGAACGCCAAGAGAAAUCACUAGUUUGAUUGUUUUCCGUGAAUAAAAUAAAUAUAUCAGGCAGGAGCGUCUCAGGAUCUGUCUGAGAUCUGUCUCGGUGAGACAGAUAAUAGCAAUCCAAAGUGCUUUUUAUGUGUGAUCUGACAAUUGAUCAACCAUUGCUUAAAAAUUAAAUACAGCUUAGCCGGUUAAUUGCUGUGAUCAUAAAACACGUAAACGGCAGCACGCAGAACUCACGAGGCAACGUUUUACGAGAUGUUUACUUAUUGCUAUGAGUAAUAAGACAGAAAAAGCCACGCCAAAAUAAGUUUAGGAAGCCCACUAAGAAUCAUAAUAAAAGCAUUUAAAAUAAAUACCAUACACAGUUGAGGAAACAUUGGUUUAAGUACCUGAUAUGAAGUGGUCGCUGCAUAAGCGAAUCCUUUACUCUCGGGAUCCCACAGCUUCAUUUUCGCCCGGUCACUAGCGCGUUUUAUUACAAUGAUCCAACGUUUGCGGCGCUCCGGAUCUUGGGGAAUCCUGUAGACGGCUCAUUCCUUAUGUCGUCCGCGUCUGUUCUGCAUCCUGGGGCACAACAGGAAUCUACCGUAUUUCCCGUUUGAUUGAGUUUUCUGACAACAACAAAUAGUCCAGCUGCGGGCUUCUGCCUGCCAAGAUGGUGCAGUUUCAAUUUGAACUGUUGCCUGCCAGGAGAAGUGACGUCAACUCCCGGAGCUCUAUUGGAACAAAACAGAGUAGUGCGUUGAUGAUGCAACAUAUAUGUGUGUAUAUAUAUAUAUAUAUAUAAAAUUCUGUGUUUCUGAGACGAGUCACUGUCUAAACAUCACAUGCAUUACUAUCAUUAAGCAGUGAGGUGUGUUGAAGCUGUCAUCAGCUAAGGGGCGGAUGCUUAAAUGCAUCAGGGGCAGCUAGGAACGAGGAAGUUGUGAUCAGGCUGGAGAUCACACCAGAUUCGCUGCUGCAGGCGUGAAUCUGCGGGUCUGCAGCAUCCCCUUAUUAACUUGACAGCAGAACUUCCCAUGUAAGGAAGGUCCGCUCACCUGUUCGUCAGAUCAUUUCCUCGCCAUGAUCUUUUAUCUUCCCAUCAUCCUCCAGUCAUCCAACUGGAACCAGUUAGUGUUCCUGAUCAUUCUCAGAAUAUGUCACGCCUGCUCUGGUGUUAAAAGUUAGUACAUUUAAGUCCUAGAUCAUAUUUGUGCCUGUUCUACUGUUAUUUUGAAGGAUUAUUAUUUAUAUGUGUGUUUUUACUACAUUAUGAGUAGAGAUACUAAUAAAAACUCCCAAUUAUACAAACAAGUGAAACUGGAAAAAUUAGAAUCUGGUGCAAAGUCAAAUUUAUUUCAAUUAUUCAACUAGACAGAGAAACUAUUUAAAGGCUCAGGAACCCUUUGCAGGUGUUUUCUAUUUGUAAUUAUAAAUUUUAGUUGAUUUGGGUCUUGUUUCAUAUCACACAGUGACAUUUGAAUAAUUAAAAUGCAUUUUUUUAAAUGAUUUAGUUUACAGUAAUAACCAUGUCUAAUGUUUCAUUCUCUGCCUCAUAAUUUUAAUUAAAAGUUUUGCUCUGAGAGCACAUUUUCCUGAAUGAUUAAAAUGCGAUUAAUUUAGAUUAAUUAAUUACAAAGCCUCUAAUUAAUUAGAUUAAAAUUUUUAAUCAAGUCCCAGCCCUAAUUUCAACCCAUUUUCUAAAGUGCAGCAUUAUGUUAAAUGCACUGGGUUUUACCCUAUUAAAUUUAAAUUUCAUGGUUAAACAGUACAUAUUAAAAUCUAAGCUCAGCUCGGCAGUGACCUAAAAUACAUAAAUAUAAUUUUACUUACCGAAAAAAAUGAAGUGGAGACUCCUUGGACGCUCUUAUUAGUGCAAUUAAUGCCACAGCAAGUCAUUUUGUCCAACAAUUGCAUAAAUAAUAUCCAAAAAAGAACGCACAAACGCUACAACUAAUGAUCUAAUUUGAGAGACUGAAAAUGGCGGAACAGUUUUCAGGCGAGGCAGAGGCUCAGACUGAGGCCUUUACCCGGAGUUAGCUCUGCGGUCAUGUGAGUCUGAUGCUCAUUAAUUAUACAGAAUUUGAGGCUUUUAAUACACUUAAACAGAAGAGUGACAAAAAAUUCACCCCCCUCAGAGUUGUCAUGAGUGUAAACUAGAUCAUUUAAACCAAAAACGUGUUGGUACCAGGCUGUAAACAUGUUUAUUUCUGCUGUGUAAUUGGUAUUUUUAACAUGGGAGUCAAUGAGGAUUUGCCCGCUUCUGACACCAGCCCCCAGCGGAUGAGGGUGGAACUGCAAUUUAUUUCACUUCCACAUUGGCCUCAAUUUCUGUCCUGCAUUGUGGGGGCUUGGUCAGGACCCGCACGGGGCCGGCCAACCUCGAGCCCCCAGGCCCCCACCCAGACCUACUCAGCCGCCAGGCAGCGGCCCAUGGCCACCGCCAAGACCCCCAAGGGACCCCACGCACCACCGCCAGUAGUCCAGCCCCCAAGGCAACCCAACCACCUCCAGAGGGGGGCAGCAGCCCCCCAGCCCCAGACGCCCCCAGUUAACCCACCCUCAGGGAACGUCCGGAUACUCCAAGCUCAGACCCUUCACCCCACCACCCAUAUCAUCCCGCAGGACAAUAUCAAUGACCCCCCAUCAUCGCUAUGUGAUGGAACCGAUCAAAGGAGCCCAAAGAGAUUGACUUGAAGUGGAAGCAGAGGCUGUAUCAAGUGCACUAGACAUUUUCCUAAAAAGCCUUUUUUUUUUACACCACAUCGUUUCUCAACUUCUCUGUUGUGCAUUCUCUCCAUCGUGAUAAUAACGGCGCACUGAGCAAAAGGGAGCGGGUGUCUCAUAGUAUAACCAUCACUGAAGGAAAUUCAGAUGAGCCACAGAGCUGCAUGUGUAAAGGGGAUGGUAGUUGAAACUCCUGAUGACUUUAUUUGCCAAAUGCAGGAAAAGCCAAAGUGUCUGACGGCUGCAGAAGCAGAGAUCGCAGGUUGACGCCUGCGCCAUCUCUAGUAGAAGCGUGAGCCUGCAGCAGCAGUAGAUGUAAAUCGGCGGUCUCCAGCUCUGCAACUGUACCUUUUUCUUCGGCAAAUCAGCCCGGCCGAAAACGGUUUAUGAUUGGUCAGUCCUCGUGCACAUGUGCAGAUUAUAGUUCUCUUUCAUUACUCCCGGAAGAACGGUUCAGAGUGCAAAUGGUUUCUUUGUUGCUAAUCUGUGGGGAAUAUCUACAAGAAAGUUCUACAGAAAGUAGCAAAGGGUCCUGAGAAAUGUUGCUAGGUUUGUCGCUAGGCGCUUUUUGGAAAAAAAGUCGUUGAGGGGGUCAAGAAGUUGUUAGGAACAGCGACAAAGUCGCUAAGUUGGCAACACUGGACUCAACUCUGUCUCUGCGCAUGCAAAUCUCUCCCUGCUCUACUCAACAAGUAGCCUCUCCACCAGUCAAUCACAGGCAGCUCUCUUUUAUCCAAUAAAAGCAUGCCCAGGAAAUACUGCUUUACAGAAAAACACCCAUUUAACAGAUCAUUGAACUGCUUUCUGCUGCUGGUUAACUACCAGUCACCAUCCACUGUCUGCAAAAUACUUUGUUGUAAUUCAUGUGUCAUGAUUAGGGUGACCAUAUUUGACUUCCAGAAAAGACACAUUGCCCAUUCCUAAAACUGUUAAUUUGCACUCUUUUCAGUUAAAGAGGACUUUUAAUUUCAACAUAUAAAGUGUUUCUUCUCUGUUUGGUUAGACAUAAAUGAUCCCUUGAUGUGUUAAAGGAAGUGAACAGUGGAAAUGUCCCAGGAAAAGAGGAGGGUUAAUCAACCUAAUUAAAUAUAAUUAUAUGAAGUCCUCUUUAUCUGAAAAAAGUGCAAUUUUCCUGGCAGUAUUUCCUGGACAUGCUUUGAUUGCAUAAUGGAGAGCUGUCUGAUUGGCUGACGGAGAGGCUACAUUGCUUUGUAAAUUGCAAAUUGAGCAACAACAGGGAGAUUUGUGCAGGCAGAGACGGAGUUGAGCAUGAGAGAGAGGGCUGCACACGACUGCAGAGCAGGUUGUGCUCUUGCAGAUUGCUCACUGCACGCUCCAGUUGGUGGCACAAAAAUUACUCCACACUAAAAACCUGAACCAGAAUAUGGCCGAAUGUGUAUAUUAUUGACCGUUUUUCUAUAUUAUAUAUUUUUUCUAUAGUAUAUAUUAAAUUAUAGGUACAUAUAUGUAUCUAUAAUAUAGUAAACAGCCAGUUUUAUAUAUGUCACGUGUAUUCAAAAGCUAUAUCAAAACAUAUAUUAAAACCUAUAUGUUUAUGAAUUCUUUCCAUGUGGGUUGUCACUUGCUUAAUAUUUCCUAUGUUUACCAAUGGUAAAGAAAGGAGAUAUUGUACUCAUCUAACUUUAACAUAAAUUUUGGCAGCUUAAUGUGACGCUAUGGAAAAUGCCAUCAUCAUGAGCAACCAAACAUAGGCUACAUUAGGCUAACAGUUGUCCAUAUUCUGUCCCAUUUAUCCACCAAUGGCUGUUUCAGUUAUUGUGAGUGAAAACUAAAUGGCAUAGUAGCAUUUGUUUUGGCAUUAGAAAUUGAAAAUGUUUUUCAAUGUGUUGGCUAGAUGGAUAUACGAAGAUUUUUUUAAGAGAGUGAGUGAGGAACAGGAGAGAGACCAGGUGGUUGAUGCUGAGGAGAUCUGCAUGGUCAAGACGGCUUUGGGUGUUUUUGCUGAAAUGGAAAAGAUGGGAAUAAUCUCAAAAUCCAACGUUACUGAGCUCCACCGGAUUCUGUCCGAGUUUGAUCAACAGCUGGCACUGACUGUACAAAACUACAUGAACAGAGUUCAACAUCUACAAAGACCACCUCUAGAUGCCCCUUCCCAUGGCAGCAUUGACCAACAGAGACCCAACAGCAUGGCUCUGCUUCAGAAUUCUCCGUGUGUCUGUGAGACUCAACCCAACAGUACAGGACCGCUUGUUUGUUGUGAUUUAUCCAGUGAGACAGAGUUUUACCUUCUGACUCAUGUUCCCAGAGGCCGCUGUGUGAUCAUUAACAAUAUGAUCUUCCCAGCGGAAAACUUGUCGAAUCGUAGGGGAAGUGAAAAGGAUGAAGAAGCUUUGUCUGAACUGUUUCAGCGAUUUGGCUUUGAAAUCGAAUUAUUCUCAGACCUGGAUGCAGAACAACUUAACAAAACAAUCAAAACUAUGACUGAAUGGGAUUAUUCACAACAUGACCUGUUGGUCGUGUGCAUUCUUACCCAUGGAGAGCUAGGGUGUAUCUUUGGCACUGACGGGGGGAAAGUACUGCUGAGAGACCUGAUUAGUAACUUCUGGAAUGAUAAAGUUCCCUCCUUGUCAGGAAAGCCUAAAGUGUUCUUUAUUCAAGCGUGUCAAGGUGACCGCUACCAAGAAGGAGCGGCGCAGGGCCCUGUGCAGGAGGAGUCGUUAGCCUGUGAGCCAGAUUCGGGUUCUGAUGACCUGGAUGUCAGCCUGCCUGCGGAAGCAGACUUCCUGAUCAGCAUGUCCACCGUGCAGCAUUGCAAGUCUUUUCGCUCCAUCAACAGGGGUUCCAUCUUCAUCCAGGAGCUCUGCCAACAGUUGCAGAAAUCGGCUGAAAGCUCGGAAAACGAUGACAUACUGACUGUCCUGACUCGUGUGAACAGGGAAGUCGGCAGAAAAGAGUAUGAAACAUACAAACAAAUGCCUCAGCCCAGAUACACCCUCACCAAGAAACUUGUUUUUAGAUACGUCAGAUGAUGAUGAUGAUGAUGAUGAUGAUGAGUUAGAAGUCAGAUGUGUGACACAGAUCCUCAAAGACUUGAUGCAGUUGUAGAAAUGUACUUUUCUUCAUAAUGCACCAGUAAUGUACUGGUUUAUAGAUCACACACCCCAAUAUUCACUGAUUCUGAUUUAUUUCAAAUAUCUAUACAAUAAGUUGUUUUUGUUGACUGUUUUUUUUAUCUUUUAGUGUCUGAUUAUCAUGGGAGUUAUGAUGACAGUAGAAAAACUUAGAUGUGGAAGAUCUGUCAUUUCUAAACCAUAUAAAGGGACGCUGAGUUCAAGGACAAAUGUUGGAUUUUUGUAAAGUGCCAUUGGGCGUGAACUAAAUAUGUGAAUUUUAGAUCGGCUAAUGUUGAUUCCUGUCACCAUCAUGUUUUGGUACCUCCCUCUUCAGUUUAGUGUGUGUGUGUGUGUGUGUGUGUGUGUGUGUGUGUGUGUGUGUGUGUGUGUGUGUGUGUGUGUGUGUGUGUGUGUGGUGUGAUUGAUCAAAUUAAAAUAUAUUUAACAUUUUAGAUAAUCAUAUGACAAGAAAGUGAUAUGAUAUAAUCAUGUAUUAUUAUCACUGAGUUUGUGUUCUAAAAAUGUUAAACAAAUAAACGAUGCAUAAAAAGGUCCUCGUCAUCAGGACCUCACAUCUGUGUUAAAUGGAUUAUGUGUGAGUGUAUGUUUAACACAUCUGCCCUUUAUUUAUUUGAAUGAUAAUAAAUAAAACAACUGAAAAAAAUGUA